UUUUUGAAUAUAAAACACUACGAUAGACUGCGUCUGAGAUUCUGAGAAUCGCAUUGCCCUUGCAGUUGCAGUCUUGCACCGCGCCACCGCUGCUUACCUUGUACUUCCUGAAAAUGGGGCCACUCGACGUCCAUACAACCACCACAACUACGCCCUCCUCCUCGCUCAUGGCGGAUUUCCUCCGGCAGUCCGGCGGCGUCGCCGUGAUCGACGGCGGCCUCGCUACGGAGCUCGAACGUCACGGUGCCGACCUCAAUGACCCUCUCUGGAGUGCCAAAUGCCUUCUCGAUUCCCCACACCUCAUCCGCGCGGUACACCUGGACUACCUUGAAGCUGGUGCAGGUAUAAUCAUCACUGCAUCCUAUCAGGGAACCAUUCAGGGGUUCAAGGCCAAAGGUUUUUCCCAGGAAGAGAGUGAAGCCUUGCUUAAAAAAAGUGUUGAAAUAGCAUGUGAAGCACGGAAUUUAUACUAUGAAAAACUCCAAAAAUCUUCUUCUGACUAUACUACUGACGGAAAGGUUCUUAAGCAUCGGCCCAUAUUAGUUGCAGCAUCUGUUGGGAGUUAUGGGGCUUAUUUAGCUGAUGGUUCUGAAUACAGUGGGGACUAUGGAGAUGUAAUGAAUCUGGAGUUUCUAAAAGAUUUUCACAGAAGAAGGGUUCAGGUUCUUGCAGAUGCUGGUGCUGAUAUAAUGGCUUUUGAAACUGUGCCAAAUAAGAUUGAAGCUCAGGCUUUUGUCCAGCUACUUGAGGAAGAGGACAUAAAAAUUCCUGCGUGGCUGUCCUUCAACUCUAAGGACGGUAUCAAUGUAGUCAGUGGUGAUUCUUUAUUGGAAUGUGCCACGAUUGCUGAAUCAUGCAAGAAGGUUGUUGCUGUGGGAAUAAACUGCACCCCUCCUAGAUUCAUAUCAGAUCUAAUCUUGUCCGUAAAAAAGGUUACAACCAAACCAAUUCUUAUAUAUCCAAACAGUGGAGAGACUUACGAUGCUUACAGAAAGGAGUGGGUACAAAAUACAGGGGUGUCCAAUGAAGGUUUUGUUUCGUAUGUGAACAAAUGGUGUGAGGAUGGAGCAUCACUUGUUGGAGGGUGCUGCAGAACUACUCCCGACACUAUUAGAGCAAUAUGCAGUGCCCUCUCGAAUGAAAAAGCGACCACAUCCUGAGCUGUGUUUUUGGUUAGAACAUGCUAAUCUCAAAAGAUUUUGUUUCUGACUUUCCACUAGUAAUGGAGUUUAAGAGAAAUCCCAGGAAUUAGUUGUACAUUGGUUGUUUCCAAGGUUUUAGUUGAUGCUCAUCACUUGAUAUUGUACUGUAUGUUCCAUAUUUACGCAAUUGGAAUCUUGAAUAUUGCAGCCUGUAGAAUUGAGUUCUAUCUGACUCGUAAAAGUUGCUUGGUGAGAGUUGUUCACUGGGGGCGUAAAGCAUAUAUAUGUUCUAUUCUGGGGAGAAUAACUUCAUGGGUUUGGUAAACCUUGGCCAAGGUGAUGGAACACUUCUUUUUUAUAGCAUCAUAUCAAAUGUGUUUAACAUGUGGAUGCAAAGAGGUGUUGAGACUUUAGCAGGCAGCAUGUUUUGGUCGUAGAAUGGGUUAAAAAUAAAAUGGCUAUUGAAUGAAGCCAGUAGUGAAUUAGUGGUUUUUAGAAGUUACAAGUCAGUUACCAGCUUCCUAGUCCUAAAUAUAUUUUGCAGCUUUAGCUUGGUACUUGUGUAACUCUUUCUGUAAAGCGCCGCAAUUGUUAUACAUA